AUGGACAUAUUCAAGACACUCAACAUCAAUAUUUCUUUCCUGGAAGAACUUGAACAAAUGCCAUUAUAUGCCAAAUUUAUGAAAGAGGUGCUAAUAAAGAAAAGAUCCUUGAAGGAAGGACAUGUUGUUGAGAUGACAAGGGAGUGUAGUGCUAUUCUCCAAAGAAGUUUGCUAGAGAAGAAAGAUGAUCCUAGAUGCUUUUAUAUACCCUGCAUCAUAGGAAGCAUAACUGUUGAGAAGUCAUUCUGUGACCUUGGUGCAAGCAUAAACUUGAUGCCUCUGUCUCUCAUGAGGAAACUACAAAUUUUUGAGCUGAAAUCUACUCGAAUAGCUCUCCAAAUGGCUGACAAAUCUAUUAAGCAAGCACUGGGAGUUGUAGAGAAUGUGCUGGUAAAAGUGGAAAAAUUCUUUCUCCUAGCUGACUUUGUCAUCCUGGAUAUGGAAGAGGAUCCUAACACUCCCAUCAUCCUGGGGAGGCCCUUGCUAGCUACGGGCAGAGCAUUAAUAGAUGUUGAAAAAGGGGAAUUAUUGCUAAGAGUGCAUGAUGAGCACCUAGCAUUUCAUGUCUUCAAGACCCUACAUGAACCCACUCAAGAAAAAGAAUGCAUAAAGGAUAAGGCCAAAGACAACAGGUUAAAGGAGAUUACUCCAAGGCUUCUAAACCCAUGCUUAAAAGAAGUAGUAAUGAUCCUUUCACUUAAACACCUAGAAAUCAUCAAAGAGGAGACCAGAAGGAAGUUCACAGUAAGAGGAGAAAAGCUAAAGCACUAUGAUUUUCAGUAUCCAUGA